AUGCUGCAAAACUUGUGGAAGGCCAGGCAACUCAAGUUGGACGGCGAUCCCGGAUACUGCCUGGCGAAGAGGGUGCGAAACCAGGUGUACUACGAUACCCCCACCGAUCUGCUCGCCAAAGGAGCCGGGAAUCAAUGCACUGCCGCCGAGUGCAUGGUCGCUGCUUUGAAAGUGUUCUCGGGGAAGGGAAACAAAGGCAUACCGACCGAGAUCGUGCGCGCCAUGUGCAUGUAUUAGUGUCACCUCCUGGCUGCUGUUGCUAGUGCGUGCGAGUGGCUUGUGGCGGCAUUAUUUAGCGUGUUAGAAACUUGUGGGGCGGGGGGUUAUGUGGAGACGACUCACCCGCCCGUGCACCACGCAGCAGAUGCUCGUGGUUGGGACUAGAAUUCAGUCGGCAGUUCUUUUCGUUUAGAGGGUUGUUGGGGGCGUUUUGAACGGACGGACGCCGUGUUGUUUCAAAUGUUGAAAUGCAUCGUCAUUUUUUGGGUUGCGAAGCAUAACGACGGUGUGUGGGGGGGGGUGGGGGGGGUGGGGGGGGGGGCGUCCUUUAGAACUAUACAAGUAUAAUGUUUUAGCUGCUGGUUUGCACGACUGAAAUGCACCCUUUGUUUUCGAGUCCCAUCAUCAAUUGUGCCGCUGCCUUCAAGAUAGAUCUGAAUGCACCUUUAUUUUAUCCGAAACAUCUCGGAGGGGGAAGGGACCCUUUCGAAAGAUAGACCACAACGAGGUGGGAGGGAUAUGCCCACCCGUUUGUAUUUUUGGAACACGGCUACCAACCCCUCCUUGUACGUAUCGAUUGAGCACAUAUAUGUGCGGUUUUUUCUGCCCACCGCGUUUUUUUUUUUCGUUGAAGAGGUGGAAGGGUGAUCCUCCCUCCCUCACGUAUGUUUUUUCACACGACUACCGAUCCUUCCUUGCACGUAUCGAUGGAGCACACAGAGGUGGGCGUGUUUUCUGCCCGCCGAGACAGUUUUUUUUUUUACGGUGAAACACAACGAGAAAGGAGGGAGGUUCUCUGCCCCCCACA